UCUGCCGGUGGAGGAAUUUGUCAUUAAGCGACGCGGAUCAUGCGCUCACUGGGAGCUCUGAGUGCGGCUCUCCAUGCGUCUCUGCUGGCGCUGCUGGUGGCGCAGGUCGUGCAGAGGCCCAAAGACGACCAGAGCGCGAGGCUGCAUCACCGCGUUCUCUUCAACCGGUCGGCCGGGCAUCACCUGCCAACCUACAUGGUGCAGCUCUACAGGAACUUCAGGUCCAACUUCUCCAGGCCCUCGGACGCUGUGGAGCAGGCCGCCGCAAAGCAGGCGGACACCGUGAAGAGUGUGAUGGCUAAAAGUUUGAGGUACAGGCACCAGCGCUGGGUUGUGACCUUUGACCUCCACGCCAUCCUGGCGGACAAACAGAUCCAGGCAGCCGAGCUGAGAAUCAAGGUUCCGCGGGCGCACAACGCCUCGGACGCCUCCGUGGAGCUCCACCACCAGUACGGCGGCCCGUGCCCCGUCGGCGGGGGCUGCCGGGAAGCGCGGCUGGUGGGGCUGCUCGGCCAAUCGGCGCUGGUCGCGUCGUCGCACGGCUGGAAGGUGUACAACGUGACCGGGCCCCUGCUGAGCUGGCUCCGACGGGAAGCGGCGCCGAAGCGGCGGCAGAGGGGGGCGCCGGCGAGAGGCGGAGCGGGGAAGACAAAGGGAGGCCUGCCGCUUCCUGAUUGGCCGGCUCGCGAGGACCCGAGGAGGGAGCGGGACGCGGGCGACCGGGCCUUGCUGGUCAUCUUUUCACACACUGGCUCCGACCAAAGCUCAAAGGCCAAAGCAAGCUUACUCCAUACAGCUGAGCAAUCCAAGUUUUUGUCCCCUGCUGAAAUCAAACGGUCCCAGCGGCCGAAGAGGGGCCGGAGCAAACGGGGCCAGAGGGAGCAAACGGCGGGUCUGCAGGCGACCAGAAGCGCGACUGAAAAGUCUCUGUGUCGCAGAGUGGACCUGCAUGUAGACUUCAAUCUGAUAGGCUGGGGCUCCUGGAUCGUCUUUCCUAAGAAAUACAACGCCUACCGCUGUGAAGGGUCCUGCCCCGGUCCUCUGGGAGAAGCCCUGCAUCCAACCAAUCAUGCUUACAUGCAGAGCUUACUGAAGCAUUACCACCCUGACCGAGUGGCGCCCCCCUGCUGUGCGCCCAUCAAAAUGAGCCCGCUGAGCAUGCUGUACUUUGAGAACGGAGAAAUGCUCCUCCGGCAUCAUGAAGACAUGAUUGUGGAUGAGUGUGGCUGCCAGUGACAGCUGCAACCACCCACACACGCUCGCCCGCCAAGCGUGACCUGAGUCGCUGAGUGGCAUUAACGGUCCAAAAAUGUUACGCAGAAACUAUUUGGUUUCUGAAAAACUAAACACUUAGAGAAAAAAGGAGAAAAGCUCUUUAAUUUUAGUCACUGUGCAGUGUAAGAUGGUGCAGCAUGAAUCUGUAACAUGAGAUUGAAACACUGUUAUUAUAAUAUCUGCUAAGAUUCAUUCAUACUGUGUUGUAUUCAGGUGAAUCCAGCUGAUAUAAACUUUUUAAGUUACAGUUUCAUCAAUACAAAUAUGAAUGUAUGUUGUUUAUUCCAGCACUGGUUGUGUUAGUGUAAAUAGUGUAUUUAUUGUAAAUAAUAAAAAGGCUUAUUUAUGUAAUUUUGACCUGGAGUGUGUUUCAAACUGCACAUUUUCAACAGUUUGUACAUACUACUGCAUCACACAGCAACAUCAACACAACAAACACCACUACAACGCACAUGCCUGCAUCUGCUGGGACGCAUUCACCUGUAUGGGUGACACAAAAGAACCAGCAAG